CUCGAAACUGUUCAGCUCAAACUUCAAUCACAAUUUCUUUCUUCUCUCAGGUUCGUCAAUUACACAUUAUAAACUACGAUGAAUGGCAUUAGUGUUGAUAUCAAUCAUUUGAAAAAGGGUGAGGUUAACCUUGGUACCUCCAUUAUGGCUGUUACUUUCAAGGAUGGUGUUAUUUUAGGUGCUGAUUCAAGAACAACAACUGGUUCGUACAUUGCCAAUAGAGUAACUGAUAAGUUAACCCAGGUUCAUAACAAGAUCUGGUGUUGCAGAUCUGGUUCUGCUGCUGAUACUCAAGCAAUUGCUGAUAUUGUCACAUAUUAUUUGAGUUUGCACCAAGCUCAACUAAAUUUCCAAAAGGGCCCCUCAGUCAAAGAUGCUGCUUCAAUAUUUCAAGAAUUGUGUUAUACAAAUAAAGAUCGUUUGACUGCUGGUAUUAUAUGUGCUGGUUAUAAUGAAUCUACAGGAAAAGGCGAAGUUUACUCCAUACCUCUUGGAGGUUCUUUACAUAAGCAAAAUUUUUCAAUUGCUGGAUCCGGAUCUAGUUACAUAUAUGGUUAUUGUAAUGAGCAUUUCAAGAAAGAUAUGGAAAAAGAUGAAGCAAUUAAUUUUGUUAAGCAUUCGUUAGCGCAGGCAAUAAAAUGGGAUGGAAGUUCUGGUGGCGUUAUAAGAAUGGUUUUAUUAACUAAAGACGAUAUUGAAAGACUAAUUUUUUUCCCUGAGGAGACUUAUUUGGUUCCAAAAAACCAUGAAAUUUAAUGUAACGGUAAAUCUAAAGAUUUUCAAUUGUAUUUAUAAAUAUGUAAAUGUAUAUAAAUAUAAAUAUAGAGAGAGGAAAAAAGAAAUAUAUUAAUUAAACAAAUUAUACUUAUUAUGAUGGCAGAAAAUUACGUUAUAAAACUGAAUAACAGAACUAAAGAUUAUAGAACACAAAAACGAUGAAAGUGCUAAAAACAAUCAAAACAAGAAAUAAUUGAGAAAACGAAAAUAAAAGAAAAUAAAAGAAAAACCAAAAUUAUUUGUAAACAUUCUUCUAAUUAAAAAUAAUUAAAAAUAAUUAAAAUAUUAGAGAAACAUCAAAGGAAUUAAAUAACAAGUAUAAAAACUGGAAAAAAAAAAUAUACAUAUAAUGAAA